CGUGCCUUGCAGAUCCGGAUGCCUCGCCCGGCGAGCGUCGUCGUAGGCCAAGUGGGGGCGCCCACCCGAGCCCCUGAUUCUUCCGCACCUCAUCCCUUCCUCGCCGUCUGCUUUUUGAGCAUGUCAUCGCGUUUUGUUUUGAUCGGCAUGCCGCGCUUAGCUUGAUCCAAACGGAUGCGUUGUCCUGCUCGAUCAAGUGUGCGCUGUGGAUCUAUCUCUCUCUUUGUCUUAGGGCAGGUGGAAUUUGAUCCAGCCAUGCGAUGCACGAAGGCCCGAGUUCGCUUCUUUUUAUCAAAAUUCUUUUGUCGCGCGGAGGCUCGAGGUUUCCUUUCGUUCAUGUCGAAUCGCACUAAAUCUCGUCUCGUCUCGUAUCGUCUCGUCUUCCCGACUACCCGAUCGAGAAUGGACCACGCGCAUUUAAUUAUCUAACACUCGUCAUCGCCAUAAGCUGGCCCAAUGUCUCCGUUGCGAUACUACUCUGCAUCGCAUCAUGGAACAAGAUCUAUGCACUUGACACAGGAUGCGUUCCAUUCCCGGCCCCAAAGCGUUGUUGUUAUGCGCAGAAGAUGAUGGGGGAUUACAAUCAUCGUGGUGCGUCCCGGGAGCCGCCGGGACAUGUGACGGCUCCACUCGUGGCCAAAGAGCAAUCAACCUCGGGUAGUCGAGCUUAUAAUUUGAGCCUCGAGCAGGUGUGCCUGGGCCGGGUCGUGGGCCUUCGUUGGUUCAUCAUCAGGAGUCGCAGCAAAUCUUGGACGGCCGACCGGUGAAUGGACUAGAACUCAAAGCGAGCGCUGAGGCGCUCCAUGCACAGGACAAGAAUCGUCUUUGCUGGCCGAUCUUUCUUUUGGCGGUAACUUCUCCGAGACAGAGCGCAUCGUUUGAUUGACCCACAGCUCCGCGCGAAAUGCUUCAAUUCAAUUCUUCAACCCGCAUGCUCGUGGAGAUGAGCUGUGCGAGGGAGGGAGGGAAGGAGAGAGGAAGGAAGGAAGGACGACUAGAGAACGAAGAAAAAAGAAAAGAAAGGCAAGGAAAGGCCGGGGAACGCGUUCGGAUGAUGUCAAAGCGGCUGUAGAAAAGCAACAGCAGCGAGGUGGUGGAGGCCAGAGCGAAGAAGAACGAGAACGACAACACCAGCACCCGCAGAGGAACAUGAAACAUUGAAGUCGCUCGCGGGUCGUUGGGAUUUCUCCGCCACAACGUCAUGGGGUGUCGCAUUCCUCCCGUUCAUGCGGAGGUCGUAGUUGAUCACCUACAACUGCUCUACGUACAAGAAUCUAGCAACAUGUCAGUAGCUCGGUGGUUAGAACAUUUGGGUCAAACUCUUCGCACCGAGCUCCAUUCCAUUCAUCACGUCCACGACCCCCACGCUCCCAACCGAAAAGUUGCUGCUCGCUGCUCGCUGCUCGCACUCUCUCCCAUCCCCAUCCCCAUCCACCCCCCUCCCCUUCCUUUCCCCGGCCACAGGCUAGAGUGGUCCAGCCAGCCCACAGCAGCAGCAGCUGCGACGGAAGGAAUCAACCUCGGCGAUUUGUCAACACCCGAUACGCUACGCGACUCGCCCCUCGUCUACGCCCCCAGGACUAGCUCUCACUCGCUCCCUCCGCUGCCUCCAGGCUCCAUCCGUCUGGCACCAGCUUUAAUUUCGGACUCUCAGCAGUUUGACCGACAUUUCAAGAACAGGGUCGGGUCUGCCUGCAGGCUGCAACCAUUUCCGCUUUUGCCGAGCGGUCGAGCAACUGAUGCUUGCAUUGGAAAAGCGAGAGGAAUAUGUUCCCGAGAUCUAUCUAUCUAUCUAUCUUUCUUGCUCGCUCUCUUUCUUUCCAUGUACAAUCUGUGCCGCAAGUGGAACCAGCUAUGCUGUGUCUAUGGCAGUCUAGGCGCUGCCGUCUGAGGCGGGCUAGAAUAGGCAGCGAUGCAGCGAUAGGCGAGGCCGAUGCGAGGCGAGAUGGCAAUAGCAUGCUAGCGGCGUGGCGUGGCGUGGGCUAGAGUGGCUAGAGUGGCCAGGCCAGGCAUUCUUGACAAACAUCCCAGCCCAGCCGCAAGUUCCCAACAGGCCCCAGCGAAGCUUUCCGAGUCCCGACAUACGACUCCAUCAA